AGUGAGUGAGUGAGUGAGUGAGUGUUCUGUUCAUUUGAAGUCGAGGCCCAACCCGAUGAUACUCCGACCGAUGAUAAUCCGGUUGUGAGUCAUCUAUCGAGCAUGGGGAUCUUGCUCAAAGCAACAAUAUAAUCAUUCGACCGUCUGUAGCUUUCAUGGGCAGAUUCCUCAAAGGCGGAGUUUCGGUUAUCUUGCCUACUCUCUGAAGCCGCAGAGUAAGUUGGGUUACCUCAAGGUGUGAUUCUAGUCUCCAUCCAUUAUGUCCAUCAUUUGCCUCGCCUUCUCGCCGACCCACGAAUUCACCAAAUCUCGAUGUCACUCGCUCGUUCUCCUUGAAAACCUCGGUGUCCAGGGAGACUGUCACUGCGGCGAGACGGUGCAGCACCGCUCACGGCUACACAUCCGUCCUCCGCCAAAGAACCUGAGGCAGGUGCACUUGAUCGACGCAGAGAUCUUGGAAGAGGCCGAGGUCCAGCCAGCAGAUCUCGGGGAAAACGUCACAACGAAAGGCCUUGAGUUGUUGUCGAAAUCAGCUGGGACUAAGUUGCACUUCCUACCCGCAAUCACGCCUGCAACUGCGACUGCGGUAGCUACAGACAAACGAAAUGGAGAUUUUGUUACUGUAGCAGAAAUACUUGAUGGAGCAGUUAGCGAGCUGAAGGAGAACCUGGCCUCACCGCAUCCGAUUGUCGUCCUAACUGGCCUACGUAAUCCGUGUCCACAGAUCCAAAAGUUCCGCCCCGGGCUGCAGGAGAAGUUCAUCAUCAGAGACCAAGACCGCAACAUCGUGGCAAGGAGGGCAGGAGUUAUGAGGGUGGUGGAAGUUGGUGGAGAGAUUCACGAUGACAUGAGCAUUGUGGUGGAGGAGCCGGCGGUUUUCCAGACGUUGAUGUGUGUCUAAUAUGGUAUCACUGACGUCUUUGCUCGACCAUGAUGAUAAUAUUGACAGAUGGCGAUUGCAUCCGUAUCCGGAUUUGUAGUUGCUUUUUUAUCAGUCUGAAU